AUGGAACCCAAACCUCAGAAGAGUCCAGGCAAACAAAUUACAUUUUAUUAUGAAAUCUGCAAACAAGGUUACUUUAUUAAAUCGCCACCUCCUCAGCUUUUCUUCUCUGUGACCUCUUGGAAAAAGCGCUAUUUCACCCUGUCAAAGACUGGGGAAAAGAGAUUUAGUCUUUCCUAUUACAAAGACCACCAUUACCGAGGUUCCAUUGAAAUUGAUCGGAAUUCCAGUGUAGAAGUUGGCAUAAGUAGCCAGGAAAAGAUGCAGUCUGUGCAGAAGAUGUUUAAGUGCCACCCUGAAGAGGUGAUGUCCAUCAGGACCACUGACAGGGAAUACUUCCUCAUUGGCCAAGACAGGGAGAAGAUUAAAGACUGGGUCUCCUUCAUAUCAUUGUGCCGGGAUACGGAAGCAGCACAUCAGAACACAAAGGAGAAACUCUCAUUGGAUGAUCAAAGGCCCGUGUCAGACCCCAACCCUCUCCUUGGUUUUUCCAGCACAUCAGAGGCUGUUGGCUUCACCCUACCAAGAAACAGUCUUCCAGACAUGCACUUAAUGGGAAAACAUUCUCCAGGAUACAGACAAGCUCAUCCACCACAUGAGGACUUGUUGGCGCCCGCUCCAGAAAUGGAAGAAGAGGAUCGUUAUCUUAAUCCUCGAAGUAUUCUUUUAGAGUUGGAAAAUAUCAUUACUUCCCAUGAUUCUGGUGAAUCCAUUGAACCUGGUAGUCCAGACCAGGUCUUCAAGAGAAAUGAGUGUCAUUAUAUGUCAAUGAAAUCCUGUGUUUUCAACAAGACAUCCCAUGAGUCUGCUGAUAGCAAAGAGGAAUCACAGACCCUUUCAGAGACCCCGGAUGGGGGGCUUCACCUGCAAGAACAAGGCUCAGGAAGUGAUUCGUGUCUUUCACCUGCCUGUAUGGAAGCACAGACCACAAAGGACGAAAAGGGGUCGGCCUCCCUAACUGUUGUGCAAUUGUCUAUAUUAAUCAAUAACAUCCCUGCUAAGAGCCAAGUGGAAGAACUGAACGUGUUCCUCUAUCCUCCUGACGUCAUAAACUAUCUUGCUCUCAGAGAAGCCGCAGGACAGAUAUGUGUGGCGCGGUGGGAAGGCCCCCCGCGCUUGGGAUGCAUGUUCUGCCAUGGAGAUCGUCUCUUAGCAGUAAAUGACCUAAAGCCCCAGAGCCUGGAGGAGGUCUCCUUGUUUCUCAGCCGGUCCAUCCCAAAGGAGAAGGUAAAACUCACCAUCAGUCGGAUCCCAAAUUCAGAGAAAUUCCAUGCGGUAGCCUGUAAGUGCCCCUUAAAAUGCCAAGAUGUUGCACCCUUGCAACAGGAUGGUUCUAGACUGCAGAGGGCACCAAAGAGGAAUCCAGCCAUUAAAAAGGGUCUGCAGAAAGAAACUAGAGACCAGCACUCCGCUCUGAAUGUCCACAUCUGCAUCUUAACAAUGGGGAUAACUAUCCCCUCUCUGGCUAAUGCAUCAGGGAAGUAUAGAGCACCAAGUGGGAUAAUGACUGUGGAACACAGUGAAAAAGGAAGGCCUUAUUAUCUGGGACUUUGUCCCAAACACCACGAACACAGAUUGGGUAAGUCCCUCAUCUAAUAUGCACUGUGCGUUCUGUGAGGUCAUGGCCCAUACAAUCCCUUCUUUGUUAGGGAACGUACAGUUGGAAAUACUCAUUUCAGGAAGGCCAGAUUCCCAAGAGAGAUGUGAUACCCUAUCAGCCUUCCCAAACACCUCCCGUGAGUCAUCAUCCCCUCAUUGUCCAGAAUGCUGAGACAGAGUGGCCUCUUGGAUUCAAUGAGUACCUUGUUUUCUUAAAGACCCAGUGACUAUUUUAGAAGUCAAGCACUUGUAGGUCCUAUCCAGCAAAGAUCUGCUUGCUCUACAAGUGGUAAGAGAACGACUUAGCACUUCUAAGUUUGAAAGGUCUUAACUAACUGAUGCAUU